AAAUUAUGUAAAUAUGGCGUCUCAUGAAGAACCGAUUCAACUCCAGUGUAUUUCAGAAUUGAAUAAAGACCGAGAGAGAUACUCCUUAAGUGUAUACAAGGUGAAAAUUUGAAACUUAACGUGCUCUUAGUAAAUAGUUCGCACAUUUCACAUGUUGUAUUGUGGUUUUAAAUCGUGUGUUUAGUUUUAUUUUCGGAUGGCGGCCAUAUACAAUAGUGUUGGGUCACCCCAAAAAAUCUUGAAAUUGUUUGCAGAACUGAAAAGUUGGUGAAUAUUCCAGCCUAAAACUAAUUGCUGAACGCGAAAGUGUCUCCCUACAACUCCUACUCACAGCGGAAUUCGCUCGCCCUUCGGUUGGUUGUUCUUAUUUUGGAUUUUGUUUGUUUUAUUCGCUAGAAUGGAAUCCCAAGCGAUAUCUCCAGCCAAGAUGAAUUCCAAAGAGUUUCAAGACCUGAUUAAGCCCUGGAUUGUUAUGGAAAAACUUGAUGAUAUACUAAAUAAUAAAUCAGAAGCCUUUGAGAGGAAAGUUCAAGCUCUAAUUGAAGUAUGGAAAAGCGUUUCAGAGUUGGAUUUUUCAAAGUUUCGCAUUCAGAAUAUAAUAAAGAUUGUUGAUUGGGCCAAAUUGCAUGCUUUGGACAUUGUCCUUAAUGGUAAAUGGAGAAGCCUUAAAGGCACUUUUUGCGAUGAUCUAGUGAAAUAUAUUGGGGAGGCACAGGCAGGCUUGGCGAGUCGUAAUAAUGCUUUUUCAUCCCGUUGCGAAAAACUUGCUGAUGUGGUCAGAAGUCCGUGGGAACAUCCUGUAUUGUACAAGCUUAUCAAUAUUAGAGAUGUCGAAAUUGGUCCAGAAGAAAUGGAAUUCUUUUGUGUCGAGACUAUAUAUCUUGUAUCAGUCCGUUUAAAGAAGCUUUGCGAAAAUCGCUGUCAAGAUCUGGCCCUCAAUCUAUCUACUAACUAUUUAAAAUAUAAAAAACAAGCUACUCUUCAAAAUAUGAGUUUGAACGCAACAGACACGCAACUUUGGUUUAUUUUUGAUAUUCAUAUCGCGCUCUUAUACAAGUAUCAAGAGAAACAUAUGAUUAAUAAGGAAUUGAAAGAACUCCCAUUAGAAGAGGGUGUACUGCUAGUCAGAAGAUUCACACGGAAACGUGUAAAGAUUGCAAAGAUAUGGUGUAAUUUUGAGAAAAUUGCUAUGUAUGGCUGUAGAUUUUUUCUGGCCAAAGCUUUGACGUGUGAGGGCGAUGCAAAACAAGCUCAAAUAUAUUUACUAAAAACGUACUUGGAACUAUCAAAUACAGAAACUCUUCUAGAACAUUUUAUUCUGUCUGUGAGAAACUUCACAAAGUUAGCAGAUGCAGCGGGCUUGUUUGUUAUGUGUGAAGUUAUCCACAGAGAGGGUUCGGGUUCCAAAAUGUUUCACUUUGCCAUAGAGAUGUUUAUCAGGGCGAUUACAGCUGACAUGAAUGAGAUUGAACGUUUAAAACAAACCAAUGAAAUUGCUAAAAUUAAGAACACAAGUGCAAGAUUGGCGCAAUCUUUUGAAUAUUUGGGUGAUUUGCUAGAUCAUGAAGUUAAAGUAGCCCGUGAAAUUGUUUUGACAGCUUUUAGUAUCUACCCUACGCAGCAUCGCUUCAAUAGGAUUCUAGAUAUGGCAAGGAGAAGUGGCUAUAAAGUUCUGGAUACUGGCCAAGGAGAAUGGAAAUGCAGAUUACAUCCUCCAGUAGAACCUACGGAUGAUUUACAAUGGAUAUGUCCUGAAUGUGGACAAUGGAUGUGUGAACCAGUUUUAACUGAUCCUAGUCGCGUUAACAACAUUCCAUUGCAAGAAGCUUUGCAAGAAUGUCUGCUGGAUAUACCACUGACGAUUCGCGAUGAUCUUGUAGUAUGUUUAUCUAAUCCCAGAUAUCAAAUCUUAAGCUGGGGUUUGUCGUGGGAUGACUUACACAAGCUCUGUAUAUUCUAUCUCAAUGAUCCGGAAAAAACCAAAAAUUUUGUUACUGAUCUUAAAUUUAUUAAAAUUAAACUGGAUUACAGUAAGUUCGUUAACAUAAAACGAGAACCAGUUGAUGAAUAUCCAGGAAUAGAGAAGGGGUAUGAGCAAUAUUUGGAUAUAGAUUUUAAUCCUGAAGAAGAAAACUCUACUGUGAGUGACAAUGCUCCAAUAUCUACUGAAGAUAGUGAUGAAAAUGGAGAUAAUUCUCCUCUUUCUCCAUCAACAUCUAAUCCUGAUACACUCAAAAGCCUCCGAAUGUAUAGGCCAAAUCUUAAAAGGAAAAACAUGGAUGGCCAAAUUCUCAUUCAAGAAAAGGAACUUAGUCAAACAGAAUCUAAAGUUGCUAGAAUUGCUUCAACUGACUCAAGCAUGACUUCAGAAGGUAAUUCCAGUGACUAUAAACCGCAAAAUGUGUUAGCAACCAGCUACAUUUCCCAAAUACUUCCUUCUUGCACGCAAUCAUAUAGAAACCAGAACUGCAGUGAAAAUUUUGAAGCAACUACUUUCAAUAAUAUAUUUAAUGACUUUGACUCUGAGAAUAACUCUAUAGAUGAUAUCGAAUUAAAACAGGCUUUUAUCAAUGCAAAAAACGCGAAAGCUGCUGACUCUGAGAAUAACUCUAUAGAUGAAGUCGAAUUAGAAACAGAUAAACAGGAUAUUAUCAAUUCAAAAAACGCGAUGGCUGCCACAUUGCCCCAACUUGGCGAGCAAGUGGCACAGAAGCAGUUAAGCCAAGUACCUUACCAACAUCAGCUUCACAAAGUCGAGCAGUUCCAGAGGGCGCCCAUGCAGAGUUAUACCGUAGCCAAAAGCAGUCUCGAUCCAAAUGGGGAAUCUUUAGAGAGAAUGAAACGACUCAAAGUUCAAAUAAUACCAUUGGAACAUCCCCAAUCGCCUCCACGGAAGAACUUAGUAACGAAACAGAAUUUAACCCAAGUACUAGCACCCUCGGUAAUGAAACAGGGUUUUCCCCAAACUGUGCUGGAGUCUCCGGUUUCAGCACCAACAACUCUAAAUAUAAUUCCGGAUCUUCAACAAACACCAUCCGCGCCAAACCAAUUAGAGAAAAACUUGGCAUCAAUGAAAUCUGCCAAAGACUUGGUAGUACUAUUACACAGAGUACCAGAGUUGAAAGCCUCAUUGGCAGCAACACAACCGAAAUUCCUAUUACCAACAGCCAAAUCAACAAUACCAAUAUCGACACCAGAGCCAGUGACGAUCGCCUACGCAGACUCCUUAUUACCAACUCCCAAGUCAACAGUAACAUGCAGCCCAGAACUGAAAACCUCACCAUCAACCAGCACAAUAGCCCUUUCCACGACAGAACUAAAUGUUUCGUUUGCUUACAAGCCAGCCUUCUUAGCAUCACUGGUAAUGUCCCCAAUAGAACUGAAUACAGUAAUACCGGAACAGACGAUAUGCAAGACAGAAGUAGACCUCCUAAUGUCCCCAACAGAACUGAAUACAGUAAUACCGGAACAGACGAUAUGCAAAACAGAAGUAGACCUCCAGCAGACGACAGCCAAUACAGAAACAACAACUAUGACAUCAGUAGAUUUUGCAACUCCCUUGCUCGCUGGCCUCACGACCUGCCUUCCCAAAGUCGACUUGCUGCCGAAGACUACACUGGAACUGGAAGAUAUGCCGAUAUCUACAACCAACCUCGUCCCGAAUAUGACCCCCAAACUCGACAACCUGGCUACCUCUACUUCAGCAGUCAACCUGCUAACGGCCUCUACUACAGCACUGGAUAUUCUGAACACGUUCAAAACAGACCUGCAUUUUUCGAGCAAGUUCAAAACGGAACCGGAUGUCCUGGCCAUGCACAAAGCGGGAUUCAAAACCCUUCCUUCCCUACCCAACCUAUCGAAUCCCAGUUCUUCAACUGCUUCGGCAGUGUACUCGGUUACCAAAUGGGGCAGCUCAUUUCCUCAGUUCAGGGCAUGUACCAAGCCCCCGGAUACAUGUAUAACAACAGAGACCCUGGCGACGUGCACAACACCAGAGACCCUGGAGACAUGCACAACAGCAGCGACCCUGGAGACAUGCACAACAGCAGCGACCCUGGAGACAUGCACAACAGCAGCAGCGACGUUGCUGACGAAGAACUUGUAUAUUCCUCAGGCUCCAGUCCAAAUCCAACCGGAGACUCUCCCCAACUUGACGAGUCACCAAGAUUCUCCAACAGCAGUGGUACGCCCAGUCAAGACCCUGGAGACAUGCACAGCACCAGAAGCUACAUUGACGGAGGAUACGUACGCUCCUCAAACUCAUCCUCCUCAGGCUCCAGUCCAAAUCCAAUUGGAUACGACUAUACCCAGCUUAACGACUUGCAAAGAGUCUCAAACAGCAGUGGUAUGCCCAGCCAAGCCCCGGGAGACAUGCAAAACACCAGAAGCAACAUUUUUGACGGAGGAUUUGUACCCUCCUCAAACUCAUCCUCCUCAGGCUCCAGUCCAAAUCCAACUGGAUACGACUAUUUCCAGCUUAACGACUUGCCAAGAGUCUCCAACAUCAGUGGUAUGCCCAGUCCGUUUGAUAUCGCAAGAGGUUAUGCAAACUAUACUGCCUGGCGCAACAAUCAAUCAGGGAGUCUGCAACGCUUCGGUCAAGUUAGAGCAGAUUCAGAAAGCUCCGAUAAUGGCGCAGAAGGUAUAUACGAUCCCUUCUUCAGAAGUCCGUCUUCACAAAGAUGAAGUUUCAGAAUGCGAUAAAAAGACUGAUAUUCAAUCAACAAAAAAUGGACAGGAUAUGGCUAGUGAUAAAAUAGGAACUGAUAACAAAACUGUUGAAUCUGCUUCUGUAACAAUAAUAAAUGGAGCAGAUAACUGUAGCACAAUAAAUAAUGUAAAUACAAAUCUAAGCUGUGAUAAUGAUACAAAUGAUGUGCCACUUAAUGACCUUGACGAAGAUAAUAUAGAGGGGCAUGAAAUAGUGAUUAUAGUUGUUGAAGAAUUAGACUUUCCUCUUUCUGAGACAGCUAUAUUUUCUGAAAAUGAGGAUGCUGAUAUCAUCACUGAAAAUUUAACCAACAUUGAUUUCACCUCUACCAAUGUUACUGCUGCUGUGCUCAAAGAUAUUCCUAAUUCUCAAGAAAUUGUGCAAGAAAAUAUUCCUGAAGAUUCUCUACCAUUAGAUGACUAUUCUUGCACUUUGGACACUGCUUCAAGCACUUCAGAAAUAAAAACUAAUAAUCUGCAGGUAACACCUAGUUACUCGCAGGCCGAUAGUAAAUGUUUGAAUCAAUAUGAAUCACAUCAAAAAUUUCCAAAGACAGACGUUUUGGUGCAACGUCUUGAAUCCAGUUUUGUAUUGAGGGAUUCUUGCAAUUUCCAUAAGAAACCAAAGAUCGAAAACCUAGCCAGUGCAAUUAAAGAUAAUUACGUUAAAACUAAUAAAGAUUUUCAAUCAAACAUAUCAGUUUUUUCCAAAGCUAAAAAUGACAGAACUGUGAAAUUACAAUUUAGUUUGGAUGAUGCAUCGGAAUCAUGGAUUCCCUGGAAGUGGCAAAAAACGAACUUGAAAAUAUAUUCAAAUAACCGAAAAAGAAAAUAUGAUAGUUGUUUUAAGCUAGAUAAUGAGGAAAAGGACUGUAAACCAUUUUCACUAAAUUUCCAACGUUCAACCAAGCAGAUUUCUUCGCCCAAAGCAAAUGUGAUCAUAGCAAAUCCAGAAUAUUGCAAACUCCCAAUUAUUCUAAAUAAAUAUGUGAAAAAAACUCCAUUUUAUGACUUUACCAAUUACAAUGAAAUCAGGUCGAAGAAAAAUACCUAUGGAAGAAAGUCAUAUCAAAAGUAUAAACUUGUACAAAAAACUCGUGAAUCCAUUCAACAACCUCCAAGAAUCUUGAAUAGUGAAAUGGAAAAUUUUAUAAGAAGUGUUCCAGGCUUACAUGAUUACUCUGAAAUAUCACCUACAAACAUGACCCAUGUUGUAAAUGUAGUGGAGCAUGGUGACCCACGUUCCUCAACUGUAACGAAUACAAAUACACAAGCAAGUACUCAAGUGACACCACACAUUCAAAGGAUUGGACAAGCAAAACUAGAUAGGAAAACCGAUCGCUACGAUGUGGAUCCAGAACCUUCUAGCUCAACAGUGAUGAAUGCACCCUCGACCUCACAAUCAACCCUAAUCAAUAUUCUUAGACAAGACAAAACAAGCCAAAAAUCCACACAACCCAGGCAGACACCUAUGGUCAACAUAUUAUCUCAACAAAUUUACAUGCCAUCAUUAGAUCCACAUCAGAAUGCUACUGUUAUAAAAGUCGAGCCAGAGGAUCAUGCAGAUGUGCAAGCAACUAAAACUGUAAAUACUAAUGUAAGGAUUGUAACUACUACUACUCAGGCUGGAGCCACACCUACAACUUCAAUUCCUGCUCAAGGUGGUGCCAUUUUACAGUUUAUUUGUAAAAGCUCUUUGCCGAAAUUUCAACAGGCGUUCGGAAAAGCUGUUUAUCAACCUGGUACAACUUCUGAAGUAGGCACAUCCGAAACAUCAGCUACUCCAAGUGAAGUAACUAACCAAACGCAAACAGCAGCUAUAGUAGAAACAAAAAAGGCUGCUGCUAAAGCUGUACCAGUUAAUGUUCAGCCUAUUACUGGAAAUGUAAUUUUUAGAGGGCAAGUGCCGAUCGGGCAGACAGUCAGUUUAAUACCACCUGGUAGCAAUACUAGGCAGCUUUUUAGAAUAACUGGCUCUACACAUGAGCAAAUAAGUCUUGUGAAAGAAACAGUUAUCCAAAAUAAAAUGAGUGCUUUAUUGGCAGCGGCCCUACAGGGCAAGCCUAAAAUUACUGAGCAAAAUGGUGAACUGGUGGAAGAAUAUUCUGCUACCAGAAUUACUUUAUGUCGACCUGGUAGUGUUCCUCCAAAUGCUACCAGAAUUGUCAAACCAGUUCAACUACAGAUUCCUGCUAAUGUAAUACGCACACCUCAGCCCAACGUGAGUUCUACUACUUUAGAACAGCUCAGAGAAUUUGACAUGGUCUAUAAGCAAGUGAAAGAAAGAAGUAGUAACCCUGCUCUACCAGAGGCAACACCUCAGACUACACUAGAAUCUUCACAACAACAAAGAAUCAGCUUUACUUAUGUCAAUCAAGUUCAGAAGUAUACUCAACUUUCCCCUGUAGUAGUUGUGAGCAGUUACAGUCCUAUACAGCAAGCAGUUUCUCCUGCGGUUAGCGUUACCUCCCAAAGUGGUAGUGGCUCUGGUGUAACUGAAGUGGCUACUAUUGCGGUACCCAAAGUUGCUGUUAAAUCUUCCAAAGGAAAGAGUAUUAAAAGCUCUGUUGUGAAAACAUCGCCCACUACAGUAGUACCCGCUCUACCUAAGCCUCAACAAAAACCCCAAGAGGAUGAACACACUACUCAGCGAAUAUUUGAUAUUCUUGCUGAAUAUGCAGAGCAAUUAAGAAACUCACCUGAUUUAAACAAUAAGCCCGCUCCUAGAAGACGAUCUAAUCCCCCCACUAACCCCAGUUCGAGUGCUUCUAGUUCCCCUAGUAAAAAGAAGAAGAAAAAGAGUACUAGUUCAUCUACAAGUAAUUUAGUAGAAACUGACAAUGAAGAUCUAACUAUGGGAAGUGAAGAUAGCUCAGGAGGAAAUGCUGUCCAGCUUUCUAUGACAGAUGAAGAACAGUCUCAGUCUGCCAGCAUGACUCCUCCUGAAUCAAAUUUAGAGCCUGCAACUUCGAAUACCACAACACCUAGGCCUCUUAUCGUAACAGACACUUCGAGUCAACCUAGAAAUGUCAUUAUUGCUGAUUCUAGUGUGGGUGAAGCUUUAAAAAUACCUAGCACAGCCCUUCUAAUGCCUGGAAACUACAUUAUGCCUGUUUCGGUAGUGAAAGGUGGACAACAAAUAGCUGUAGUUUCAGGGGGUAGCAAAAUCCUUACUACAGUGCCUGCUCGGUCUGGACAAAAUAUGCUCUUAUUACAAAGUUUUGUUAAUCAAAAUAAAAAGAGUGGUAUCUCUACUGUCAAGUAUUCCACUCUUCAGCCGUUUUCCACUAUCUCGCAGAAUGUAACCACUGUAACCGCUCAAACUUCUGCUAUUUUGCCUUCCAAUUCGGUAUCAACUGUUUCUCUGGGGCAGCCUAUAACACUGAAAAAGUUCGACGAUAAGGAAAGGGGAAAUAGUACUGAACUACUACUUACUAUUUCACAACCGAGAGAGUCUGUGAAAAUUGACAACACAGAAGUACCACAGCCCGAUAGUAGCACGAACCUACUGCACUGUGGAGCUAUAGAAGUUAAAAUUGAGGAAGCUAGCUCAUCACAUUUAUCGAAUAAUGAAGUUUUUAAUAAUAUUCAGGAAACUAACAGUGUUGCAACUUCAGUUAUCGCAUCUGUAAUCAAAAAAGAUGAUGAUGAAAUUCAGACAGGCGAUUCAUCUAUGAAAGGAGCUGGAGUUCCCCGCAUCGCCUCUGUUUUGGUAAACACUUCAACUUCAAAUGGUCCAAUGCUGUCCCACACCAAUACCCGAUACAGAAAAGCUACAGAAGGGGUCGAAUGUACAUCUGCUUCCACCAAACAGUUCAACCAUAACAUAGCCAAGAUACCACCAGCUACCGCUAGAGUCCUCAAAAACAACACUGUUUAUUACGCCAUUAGAACAAAGAAAGCUGUCAGCAAAAAAAUCGAUAGUGAUAUGCAAAAACAAGCCGCUAUUGAAAGAGAAUUACGACUCCAAAAGACUCUUUCGGAAGAAUGUGAAGAUUUAGGAGUUGAUGAGCCAAGCACCAGUGAUUUGUUUCCUGAAGCAGACUUACUUUUUGACUCGAAUCAUUCACCAUCUUAUGACCAGUCAGGUCAAAGGAUUCAAGGUACUGAGGCUAAAGGCAAAUGUUCAUUGCAUUUAUUUAGUGAUGAUGAAAAUUCUGAACCGCUAAGAAAUGAUCUUUUUGAUUAUGUGGAGUAUCAUCCUCCGGAACCUGGAAUAGACCAAGUGAAUGGUAAUACUAUUUCUAGUGACUCUGCUUUGUCUUGUGAUGAUUCUACACUUCUUCCAAAUUGUGGCUCUAUGUCAGAAGUUACAUUGAAUUCUCCAAUAUCUCUAGAUUACCCUGACAAUAGCCAUAAGUACAAAUAUAAGUAUACCAACAGAAAAAAAGGGGAAAAAUUUAAUAAACCUCCUGAAAACUGGCAAGAAGUCACUGAAGUUACAAGUUCCGAAGAUGCGAUGGAAAUAGUAAAGGAAGAUGAUACUCUUAUAGCGGUACAAGAAGAAACAGUUAUUGAUGAGUCAUUAACUGAGGUGGAAGCAAAUGAAACAGACGCCCCUAAAGAUUCUGUAGCAGAAGCAGCAGCAGCACGGUGCCCAAUUCAUAAUUCCAUAGACAUUAAGAGCCCUAGGAAAGCAUUGAAAAAAAUAUGUUUGUGUUUUAAUGGCACCAGCAAAAGUCCAAAUACCACCAGCGCAAAAAGAAGGUUUAAUUCACAAGGUCCUACUUCAUGUAAGAAAGUGUUAAUUAAUAAGAAAAGAUAGUGCAAAAAAAGAAGAAAACAUUAUUUCUAUUAAUCAGUUACAGGUCCAGGGGCAACAGAAUUAGCAUAGUGUUUUCAAAAUUAGAUACCUAAUAAUAAUAUGUAUUAGUUAGGUCCAGAGAAUUUCUUUAUCAAAAAAAAAAAAAAUCUCUAGGCAGUACAGAGUGUCCCGUUUUCAUGUUUCCUAUAUAAAAGCCUAUUCAAGAUAAUCUUAUGAAAUUACAUUGUUAUCAGUAAAUAUAAAGUCAAUUUGUUCAAUGAAAGUUGUUAUUGUCAGUUUCUAGUGGACCUGUGGAAUAUGUGUAUGUGACAAUAAUAGCUAUUUCUAAAAUAAAAGGUGUGGAAAUUCUAAUUUUGCCUCCUUCUGUCUUGCAAAAAAGUAGCAGAGUAAUUUCGAAACAUACAAAAACAAGGCACCCUGUACUAUAACAAUAUUUACCUACUUUGUAAUAAUAAAUUUAAAGUAAAAUACAGGGUGAACCAGGGCUUGCAAGCCCUCAGUAUUGUAAAAUAUCCCGUAUAAGGACAAAAACUAGAGAGAAAUUGAAAAGCUUGAUGUGUGUAACAUAGAUACAUAAUAAUAUGUAGCUUUUAGGCUUUUAUUAUAAGUAUUGUAAAUAAUUAUUUGUUCAUAGAUUUGCUUCACUCAUUUUACAUUCUCUUGUCCCUGGAAAUAUUUAUUUAUUACAGAGAAAAAUAUUUUUAGAGUUUAUCAAGGGUGCUUAGUAUUUUACAAAUUUUUCAGGUGUGCAAUUAUCAUUAAUAUUUUCAAUAACAAAAAUUUUGUACUUCCCUAAUGAAUUCUACAAAUAUUUAUUUCUAGCUUGUUAAAUCUUUCAUUGUUGACUAAAUUAAAUUGAAUAAAGGGGUUGCACACUAGUACAAAUGCAAGGUUUGCAGACUCAAUAAAUACAUGUUAAAAACAUUAUGUAAAAGAAGCCAUUGCUACGUUUGCAAUCUGUAACAGUACCUCUAACUGUAAAUUUCUUCUCGUAAAUUGUAAAAAUAAAAUAUUUAAAUUAAAUGUGCAGUUUUUCGAUGUAUAUAAUUUAGCAUAGAUCAAUAAUAAUAAUUAUAGAAACUAAGCUGGUGGCUACAUUCAAUGUUAUUUUUGAGUUGUUGCAAAGGGAGUUCUAGUUUAAUCUUUUUACACAGUAUUAAAUAAAGGGCCAAUGAUACACAGUAACAGCUAUGUAUGUAUGUCAUUAGGCCAAGAAGUAGGUCUUUUUGUGCUGGGCUGAACAAUUGAGCUUGAAGAUAAAAUAAUUUAAACCUAUUUAGUUUUUCGUCGGAUAUGUACUUUUAUAAGUAAAGACCUAUGGCAGAUUUUAGCUUCAAUUUGUUUUUUCUUGAGUUCGUGUAGAAGGGUUGAAUUUAAGAAGAAAAAAAAAACAUUUAUGUUUAUGGGAUGGUUGUGGAGAAUAUUUUUUGGUAUCAAGACCUCAAAACUUUCUUGAAGUUGAAACCAACUCAGUUGUGAGUAAACCAAUGGUGAAACUUUUUGCUCGAUUCCAAUGGAUUAAAAAAAAAUUCCAAUAAGUUUAUUUAGUUAUAGGGUUCAAAUUUAUUAUAUUUUUUAGGCAUUUUCAGCGGAGUUCCUGUUUAUUUUAUUAAUGUAUAAUUUAUUUUUUAUUUCAAAACUGUAUUUUCCAUACAAUGGAUGGAUUUUUGUAAUUUUUGGAAUAGCAUUAUUGGAAUUGCUGCUACAGAUGUCAUGGAUAGUGAGUGCUGGUUAUAGACCUGGUCCUAGGUAGCUGAAUAUCAUAUGAUUAUCCUGCCCAAAGAUUUUUUAACUGUAUUCAGCUUAAAAAUAUAAGGAUUGCAUAAUACCUAUAUAAAUAAAAUACCUAUAAAUGUUAUACAUGCAUACAAUAAUAUGUAUCUCAGCCACAAAGUUUUUUUAUGCAGGGUUUUUCUAAAACAGCUGUGCAGUCAAAAAGCAUUUUCUCGUCUGUUGAUGAUAUUUUUGAAUUCUACUGAAAAUUCUAGACAUAUUGAAAUUGGAACUUGACUUUUUUGCAACUUUGAUAGGCUGUAGAACCUAAAUGGGUAAUUUUAGAGCAACAACGAUCCCACAUUCUUAUCUCCGUUGAAGGUGGGUAUGGAAUUUGUAGAAUUCAAAAGUUUCAUAAUAGACGCGAAAUGCUUCUUGGACCAUCCUGUAUAAAAAAAACUUUGUGUGAAAAAUGUUGGCUAAUACACACUUGAUAAUAAUAUGUAUUAAUAUCAAAAAUUGUCGAGAAUCAAUCAACUUUUUCCACUCUUUGGCUAUUGAAAAAUGCACCGGAUACCAAAUAUCCCUGACAUCUCUACGAGUAGCCACUAGGCGAAGGACAAAAAAUAUCAUCUUAGGAUAAGGUGUUAACAUGCUACUUCAAUUUUAAGACGCAAUACAAUUCAGUCAUUAUUAUUUUUUAUUUGUGUUUAAAAAUAAUUAUUUUAUUAUGUUGUUUUUUUUUAUUAAUUAUUGUAAUCAUAUUAAAAAAAAAUUAUGCCAUCACUUCCUUAUUUUUUGUAUGUCUUUAACAGCGUGAACUAGACCUUAGGAUUAAUCCAAUGAAAUAUCGCAGGGGAAUCAGAGACUUUGGCUUGGCUGUAACAAAGAUUAUAAGAGACUGAUUUGAAACACUUGUGAUAGUUGGGUUUUGAUUAAAGUCGACUCCAAAUGAUGAUUAUUUAAACAUUUAUUGACUGUUUUAUUGCUAAAUUUAUUUUCGUAAUAUGUGAUGUGAUGGCAUAUUUUUUUAUAUUAUUAUUAGGUUUUUUUUUUUGAGCAGAAUGUUCCAGAUUUUUUUUAUCGAUAAUAUUUUGUGAUAUGGUCUUCGUUUUUGUUCCAAUUUAAGAGAGGGACACUACCGAAAUAUUACCUCAAGAAAUUUCAGAUAUCACCUAUGUCUAAUGUUUAGUUAUCAUGGAAUCAUCAAUUGCACUUUCCGAAGAAAAAAACUGGAACAUUCUCGACAUUUUAUUUUUUGCUUUUAAUUUGAGCAUAUAUUUUAAAAGCCUCGGAUUUUGUAAUUUGCAUUAUUUACCCGUCAUAUGCAUUUUUUUUUUUGAGUCCAGGGCUUUGACUUAUAUUAAUGUGUUGAUCCAUUCAUAUAGUUAGUAAUUUUCAUUUGCAUCCCAUAUUGAGGGCAGGAAAAUUAGUUAUCAGAUCUUACAUAGAUUGACCAUCAUAUUAUUAACCAAUGUUUCCAAGUAACCUCCUUUGAUAUGGGAUCUUCCGUACUGUAUUAUAAUUCAUUAUUUCUGUAUACUCAACUUGUGUGUUGUAUACAGAUUCCAAAUUAAUUAUAUUUGUAUAAGACAAAUGUAUGUUUUUUUAUUACAGUAUUUUUUCCAAAUAAAUGUUCUUACAAAAACACAACCUUUCUUAGUAUUUCACAUUAGUUGUGCCAAAUUUUUCAAUUUUUUAUAAACAUGUUUAGAUUUGUAAAUAAUAUAAAUGACUUGUAGCUUUGUCUAUAAUUUAAUUUUUGAAGUGGCUUAAGGUUUAAAUGUGAAAAAUGGCAGAUCUUCAAAAUAGACUCCAUAGGAGAUGCUAUCAUCUACUCAAAGAAAGUGGCGGCUCGUCAAAAACGCAGUACCUGUAUAAAGUAUUUGGGUUAAAUGAUGCUAGGAUUAUCAAAUGGGUAAUAGAGCACAUUGAAAAAAUGCAGUGUCAAAAUGUUUAUCAUGCAACCCAAAACUCAAUUAGUAUUUGUCUAAGUGGGUCUAAUUUACUAUCAAACUACAUGCUAGAUUAUUUCUCUGUUGAAAUUUGUGUAUUGAACAUCCUGUAUAAAUAGCUGAGAAAAUAAAUGGUUUUCAAGUAGGUACAUGUAGGGCAUAGGGGCUGGCCAAAACUUAUUUUGAAACUUUGUAUUCAAAAUAUAUUAGUUUUGUUCCAACACAGCAGGAAACCGUACAUUUUGCCGCCACGAUUUUGCGCAAAACCUAAAAUUUGUGUGUAGAAUCGGAAAUUUUUAUGCAAAGUGGUUUCGAAACCGUUCAUGAGACAGUUUUUGACGUGUUGGAACAGACCUAUUAUUUAUAAGAAUUUCUCUUGAUAUUCGCAAAUAAAAGUCCAUUAGACUGUAUA